CUGCUGCGCCUUACUCAUUCGCUCUCGCUCGCACUUGCACUGCCGCCACGACGUUGUUUUUGAACAUCUUCAUUCGUAUAUCUGCAGUCAGACUCACAAAUCCGUAAGUCAUGACAACCCUUGAGAAGGUUGAAAAUGCUCCUGCAGAACGCAAAGCUAAUCCGCUGAAGUCCUUCAUCACUGGCGGCUUUGGCGGCAUAUGCAAUGUUCUCUCAGGCCACCCCCUCGACACGAUUAAGGUACGUUUGCAAACAAUGCCACGGCCAGCGCCUGGAGAGAAGCCCAUGUAUAGCGGUACCCUAGACUGUGCCACCAAGACCAUACGCAACGAAGGUUUCCGGGGGCUGUACAAGGGCAUGUCAGCGCCGCUAACUGGCGUGGCGCCUAUAUUUGCAAUGUGCUUUGCCGGCUAUGCGCUGGGCAAGCGAUUGCAGCAGCGCGGUGAGGAUUCAAAGCUUACCUAUCCGCAAAUCUUUGUCGCCGGCUCGUUCUCUGGCCUCUUCUCCACGUUCAUCAUGGCGCCCGGCGAACGCAUCAAAGUUCUGCUGCAAACCCAGGGGACUGGCCCAGGUGGCGAAAAGAAAUACACCGGCAUGAUCGACUGCGCUGGCAAACUGUAUAAGGAGGGCGGUCUGCGCAGCGUUUUCAAAGGCAGCUGCGCAACGAUGCUCAGGGACGUGCCCGCUAACGGGCUUUAUUUCCUGGUCUACGAGUACAUACAGGAUGUGGCCAAGGCCCACUCGAAGACGGGCGAGAUCAACACUGCCUCAACCAUAUUUGCGGGCGGCGCCGCUGGCAUGGCCUACUGGAUUCUGGGCAUGCCCGCCGACGUGCUCAAGAGUCGUCUGCAAUCGGCACCCGAGGGCACAUACAAGCACGGCGUGCGCAGCGUGUUCAAGGAUCUGAUUGUUAAGGACGGCCCAUUGGCUCUGUAUCGCGGCGUUACGCCCAUUAUGAUACGUGCCUUCCCAGCCAAUGCUGCCUGCUUCUUUGGCAUUGAGCUGGCCAACAAAUUCUUCAAUUUGGUUGCACCAAAUUUCUAAUAAAGUGAUUUCUAAUUGUUAAUAUUUUUCAAAUCGUAGAUAGACCCAGGGAUUUCCUUUUGAAGUAAUGUUCAAGCUAAAAGUUAAGUGUCAGUUAGUCUUUGUUAUUGCAAAAUUAUUAUGUAAAUUUAAUAAAAAGAGAAUUGUUUUUCAA